AUGGGUACGGAUUCCAAUGGAUGGAACCGUGCUCGAGGGUUAGCAGUCAAAGCUCUACUUUUCAUCGGUGGUGCUCUUCUCGUUAAACGUCUCUGUAAGUCUACCACUCGCUGGGACCAUGCUCGUUUAGUCGCUCAGUCACUCACCGGCGAAAAGUAUUCUAAGGACCAAGCUUCUAGAGACCCUGAUAACUAUUUCAAUAUUAGAAUGCUUACAUGUCCAGCAGCAGAGUUAGUUGAUGGUUCUAAUGUUCUAUAUUUUGAGCAGGCUUUUUGGAGGAGUCCACAAAAACCCUUUCGCCAGAGGUUGUUAAUGGCGAAACCUUGUCCGAAAGAGUUGAAAUGUGAUGUUGAGUUAAGUACAUAUGCCAUUAGAGACAUGGAGGAAUACAAAAAUUUCUGUGAUCGGGCAAAGGAUCAGCGCCCGCAACCAGAAGAAGUCAUUGGGGAUAUUGCAGAACAUUUGACAACAAUACAUCUCAAGCGUUGUUCACGUGGAAAACGUUGCUUAUAUGAAGGUUCAUCCCCACCUGGUGGAUUUCCUAAUUCAUGGAAUGGAGCAACCUACUGUACUUCAGAACUUGCGGUUAUGAAGAACAGUGAGAUACACACUUGGGAUCGUGGUUAUGAUGAUGAUGGAAAUCAAGUUUGGGGACAAAAAGAAGGCCCUUACGAGUUCAAGCCUGCACCAACCUCCUGUUUCAGUGAUAUGUUUUCCCCCUUGAAUUUACCCCCUCCGCCCAUGGAGAGAAGAAUAGAGGGUUCUUUUAUUUUGCAAGAAUGA